ACUUUUUGUAGCGGAAUGAAAUACGUAUUUAAAAUUGUGAACGAUGAAGAUAUAUAGAUGUAUAGAUUUUUCAUUGCGGUAGAUGGUGCGAGCUGAUAUACGGAAUUUAACAGCCUUAACAAAAAAGUUAGAGUUUCUUAUCGCGUGAGCCUGUGCAAAAUAUUAUACUUAAAAUUAGCAGCCGCCUGCAAAUACUUGAACUUAACUUUUUUUGUGAAAUACUAACGCUCGAAAAGUCUCCAAUAAUUGAAGUCAGCGUAUAAAAUGUCUGAAGACGAAGAAACAAUGAUAUGUUUGAUAAAAUGUGAAAGUAAAUGAAAUUCUGCGUUUACAGCAAAGCAAUAUAAAUAAAAAUGGUGUUCUAGGCUUAUUUGCUACUAAUUACAUACACUUUUUUUACAAAAUAAACAGCAAAUUAUUAACGGUACCAACUCUGUAAAAAUGAAAAAAUUUUCUUGCGUGUGUAUCUAUACCGGAGAGUGUGUGUUUGUGUUAAAAAAUUGUGCGGUGCAUUAACUUAAGUUCAUUGAGAUUUUGUGUGCAUACCUACUCGUGCUUACCUAUACAUACAAAAUAUACAAGUCUAUCGACAUUAACAUCGAUGCAUAUCAUAGCAGCUGCUUUUUAGUAUCGUCCUUGAGUAUCGCUUUGGCUGUACGCUGCUUUCGUCGUUUUGUGUGUGUUGUGUGCCUAUGUUACCAAAACAAUAACAUUGUCUUUUUUUCUUCAUAACGAAGUUAACCUGUUUUACUUUACACAUUGUUUGGAUAUUUCAUUUAACGUUUCUCAUUUGUUUUGCUUUGCAUUGGCAUUACGGCAAAUGGCAAAAAUGAAUAAUUUUACUACCACCUCUACUGCUACAGAAACUCUACCAAAGUCUGGUCAUGUUAAUGAAGUCUGCAAAGAAUGGUUGGUGCGAGAAGAUGGAGCUUUAGCCUAUAAACUGCAGUCGCAAGAAAUCAACGAUUUUUAUAAAGGCAAUCGUUUUCGCAAUGCAGUGGUCCGAGAGGAUUUUCCAACAGCUUUGCAAGAACAAAUUAAAGAAAAAGAAACUGCCGAGAAGCAAACGGAAGUUUACAGAAGAAAACUAAAAGAACAAGAAGAACAUGACAAGCGGGUGGCUAAAGAAAUCGCUGAGAAAUUGGAGAAAGAUUUGCAGGAGCAAAAAUUGCAACAAUUAAAAGAAGGACAAGAAAUGGCUCAAAAAAUGCAGGAAAUUUACGUAAAUAUGCCACCGGUGCCGCCACCCAAACAUCAGGUACCUCCGCCACGGCCGGCUAAGAACAGCACUUUACAACCACAGCAACAAAAUUAUGAUUCUUACCAUAACACAACUAACGGCUAUCGGAAUCCGCAUUCCUAUGCACCAGCACUACAACAACAAUAUCCUUUACUUUUGCAACAGAAGCAUUUUUCCAAUACCGACGGUUAUGUAGGUUUAGCUUUACAAAGCACCGCUGCACAACACUUGCAGCAACGUAGAUCGCCAAAAACAAAUCAAAAUCACCUUUUGGUAGGUGAUGAUGAUGAUAAGCAAUCGACACAGCACAACAGUAAAACCACAUCAUCACCACAAUAUCGUCAUCAUCAUUCGUCUUCAUCACCAUCAUCUCUAGCCUUAUCUGUAUCGGCCACGACCACGGCGAAUGCUUCGAGACGACAUGUAUUCGAUUCCGUUUUACCUAAUAUGAACACUAGUUUAAAUUAUUCAGCACACCAUUUAGCGAAUUCACCGCACACACCGUUAACACCAAAAUCACCUACACAUGCAUUUCUCCACACACCACCGCCAAUACCAACAACCCAAUCACCUAUACAUCAAAGUCAUCCCGAUAUAGAAGAAGUUGUAGAAUAUUCUGAUGUAGCCGACAGUAUACGACGUUAUAAUAUUUCCAAAGAAUCACCCGAUUCACCCGAUUCCAUUUCACCACAACAUUUUCAGCACAACCACCAUAAUCACUUAGUUGCACACUCCAAUAAAAUAAAUCGAUUCAUGUCGCCAUCUAAUGAGAAUCUAUUGAAAAAUGAACAAAUCUUUCAGAAAUUGUCGCCACAAAAAUACGAUCAACUAGUGGGUAACGCGGCGACCGGCAAUGCGACUACUGCUGCCAAUGAAAAGCAUUUACAAGAACACGCCGAUGAUAUCGAAUUGUAUGUUGAUCCUUGUGAUUACGCCAGUCUUAAAGAAAUCGGUUUACCUAUGCAUGAAAUUAAAGAGAUCAGUGAAAAAUUAAAGCAAGAACAGAAGGAUGAGUUAUUGGCUCGACGCUUACAAGAAAUGGAAGUGAACGAUGGGUUAACACAAGAGGAAAGGGAUCGAAUGCUGGCCAUCGAAGCUCAAGACAAAGAAUUAGCUAAAAUGUUACAAGAACGAGAAAAAGCCAAAGCUAAACGUGCCAAAGAAAAAGCCAGACAACGUAAAAGCCAACAGAAAGAUAAUGGCCACAAUGGACCUAUACAGCCAUUGCCGCAAGACUCGUUGGUCAUGAAUUCUUCCACCGUUUCAUCGACUACAUCAUCGACAUCGUCUACUAAGCAGCCCGAAUCUCAGUCAUCGACAUUGGAAGAUUCCAUUGAUUUGGAAGCCUACUCUAAUCCUAUUGAUGUCAUUAAACGCACGCAAAACGGAUGCCUAACCAAUGGUAGCUUAAAUCGUGAAUUGGUUUUUCAACAACAACAAGCUCGUCAUGCCAGUUUGAAUCGUGAAGACGAUAUCUACACUUUACCCGUCGAUAGUUGCCGUCCACCUUUGACACCACCACAAGCCACUAGUACUAUGAGGCCGGCAUCUAUGAGUAUUGGCCACGAGGCUAGUCAUUCAAGUUACUCGCAAAACUCUAUGACCAGAUCUGAAAACUUUUCCAUCCACUCUCAAGAUUCCUCGAAUUCGCGUUCCAAAGCAACAACAACAUUUGACCAAAGCUCAAGUCCAACACCACCUUAUAUGCCGAUUCAAGGUACGCGGCGAUCAAAUUCAAAUGAGGAUCGUAAAAAGAAAUCCAAGGACAACAAAUGCACACACCAAUAAGUCUUAGAAUUUUUAUGGAAGGCAGUCACUCGUAUAUUGAACCAACCAACAACGUACACUUCAAUGAGAAACAAAAAAAAAAAAAAAAGAAGUGAGCUCAGAAUGAGCGAAACGAAAAAUAGUUAAUCUUAAUACCUAAUCAUAAUCUUAAUCUGCAAAAA